UGAUGUAUUUUAUAAAAUUCUUGGGCAUGGUACCAAGUGCCCCAAUGACAAUGGGUAUCACUGUUACAUGUUUCAUCCAUAAUCGCACAGUUUCAAUGGCCAGGUCCCAAUAUUUCAUGAUUUUUUUUUCAGUUCUUUUUCUUUGACUCUGGUGUCUCCUGGUACCGUGAUAUCUAUAAAUUGUACAUUUCGAUUUUCAACAACUGUGAAAUCUGGUGUGUUGUGUUGUUAUUAUUAUUAUCUUUUAUUCAUUAAACAUGAAACUCAGUCAACUGAACAUUUAAAAAUGUGUCAUAAAUACGAUUGACUGGUACUAAUGGUUGAUACGGGUUGCUGCCAGUGUCCUAGGUAUCAACCGAGUAUCUUUUAAAAAUAUAUGAUGUUCCGAGUAGCACAGUUUUUUACAGUUCUGCUGGUGUUAUUGUAGAAAGCUGCAAUUUCUUGAUGUGUUUUGUAAAAUUCUUGGCGAUGACAAUGAGUAUCACUGUUACAUGUUUCAUCCAUAGUCAUGUAGUUUCGAUGGCCAGGUCACAAUAUUUCAUGAUUUUUCCAGUUCUUUUUCUUCAAUUUUGGGGUCUCCUGGUACAGUGAUAUCAAUAAACUGUAUGCUUCGGCCCUCAACAACUGUGAUAUCUGGCGUGUUAUAUUCCAAAUGAUGAUCCGUCUGUAUUCAAAAGUCCCACAAGAUCAUCACUGUCUCAUUUUGAUAACUUUUUCCACUUUGUGCUCCCAUGACUUUUCGGAUACAGGUAUGACGUAUUUUUUACAUAACGAUCAGUGGACUAAUUUAACAACUCGAUCAUAUCUAGCUUUGUAAUCAAGUGCGUGAUUUUGCUGCACUCACAUAUUAAGUGUGAAACACUUUCAACUUUGUCGUUGCAAAGUCGGCAGCUUGGAUUGUCAAGUGGAUUUUUGUAUCAUCGCAUUAGUUUGUAGUGCUUGUUCUUGAGCAGCGAGUAUUAAACCUUCUGGUUUUUUCUUGAUGGUUCCUCUCUUAAGCCAUGCUUAUGUCAAGUUCUUAUCACACCUUCCUUCUAUGUUUUUCAAGUGCUGCCUAUGCAAAGCUUUGGUUUUCCAUCCAUUUAAUCUGUCAUCCAACUGUUUUUCCUUAUAUUCUGCCUUUGUUUGUUGUUUUUAUAAUAUUCUCCAUUUUCACAGCCCGCAGAAAUUUUUCUGUACUUUAGUUCACAAAAUCUAUUAUUAUUGUUGUUGUUGUUGCUGCUGCUGCUGCUGUUGUUGCUUUUGCUGUUGUUGUUGUUAGUUUUGCAUGUACAGUGAGUGCUUUUGUACCAGAGAUAAAUUCUCUGGUACUUAACAUUGCAGCCUGUAAGGUCUUGCCUCUCCAAAUCUUUGCAAGAAAGCAGGACUCUUGAAACUGAAGUUGUUCCAAAAGGAGCUUUUAUUGAAAGGCUUGUGAUAGCAAGAGGUCUAGACAGUGGUGGGAUUCAAAUAAUUUAACAACCGGUUCUCUGCCCUAAUGAUUUCUUCCAACAACCAGUUCACCAAACUGCUCAGAAAGUUAACAACCGGUUCUCCCGAAGUGGUGCGAACUGGCUGAUUCCCAUCACUGCGUCUAGGCAAGAAGUAACCCUUCCCACUUAAAAAACAGGAAUUUAAAGCAGUGCAAACAAAACUCCUGCCACAGUACAGCAAUGCAGGAAACAGAAACCCACAGCAUAGUAAUGUAAGAAUCAGAAUCAGAAUCAGAAACUUCAUAUAGAGAUCCCUCCAAUCAUCCCUCCUCCCACCAAAAUGCUAGCGUCCCAAUAAAAAUCUAUGGGACCGGACACAGCCCCUCUCCUGUGCAAAAUGGGGAUUCUGUGACUAAAACUAUUAACAGAUCUCCAAGGUCCCUUCCAAUCCUAAAUUUUAUUCACCCCCGCAGGGAGCGGCCCACGGCCCUUGGAGCGCUUGUGGGCAAUCGCCCUAGCUCUGCUUCACCGGAGAGCUUCCGCACCACCGGUUAACUUUUUCAUUUAUUUAUUUAUUUAUUUUUGUCACAACAUUAUAUACAAGCACAUAUAUUGAAAGGAAACAAUAGGACAGGCACAUUAGGCACUUUUGUGCACUUAUGCACGCCCCUUAUUUACAACGUCAAAAACUUGACAGCCUUUUGCUGUUCACCGUGGCCGUCUCUGUCUCUUGUACACAAUGCAAUGCUCCACCCCCCCUUUGGUGCCAGCUGUAUUCACUCCAUCAGCAGACUUUUGAAAUCUAGCCCUGCAUCGCUCUUCUUCCACGACCAUAUUUUGCCUUGCCCCGCAUUUGGCCGCUGCUGCUGCCCUUACGAGUUGCAACAUAUCCGCUCCUGUGCCAGAGGAUAUUAGAAGUGAGCGGCGCUCUCCACUCUCCUGAAGGCUUUUGCUCUGUUCCGCGGUUUCUCCAAAUUGCAACGAAAGCUUCCGCUGACAGAUAGCUGCUGGAAAAGCUCUGGCCUCCACUAAAGCACCGGCCGUUUCCUGGAAGGCUCAGUGUGGCUCCAGGCGCCGCGGUGCUAGCUCGCUUUCUCUUCCAGGCGCUCUAAGGUCUGUCGCGUAGAAGCGAAAGAAGGCUUGGCCUGCUGCUGGGAGCGUUUCCCCUCGGAAGCAGCUCUUCUCCGGUGCCGACCCUCCUGCCGGGGUCGCCUGGCAAGCAGAGAGGCCUCCCCAAGAGCUGCUUUCUCCCAGGUACCUGCGAGGUCGCCGCUUCUCUUGCUUCGAGUCUCUCAGCUAACGGUGACUUCAGUAAUGGCAGAGAUGACAAGAAGAAAGUGUGCAUUUUGUCCAGAUGAUGAACCGUGUGCGAUUAUGUACAUUGCUGAAGAACGGAAUCUUGCAGCUCAUCAGAACUGUUUGUUAUUUUCUUCAGGAUUUGUGGAAUUGGAAGAAGAGAAUCCUGAGGAUAUUGAUAAAAGGUUUGUCGUGGCUUCAGUAGUGAGUGAAAUAAAGAGAGGAAAGAGGCUGCUGUGCAAUGUCUGUCGCAAGAGGGGGGCAACCAUUGGAUGCGAGGUCAAAAGCUGCCGCAAAAGUUACCAUUAUUUUUGUGCCUUGAGAAAUGAAGCUUCAAUAGAAACAGAUGAAGAUCAAGGCCUCUACCGCCUGUUCUGCCCAGACCACAUUCAAGUCAAGAUAUCCAGUUUUUAUGAUGAAAAUAGUGAGAAGUCAAUGCCCCUGGUCCUAACAGAAUCUUCUUCCACUACUACCAAAAUGAAUGAUGAGACAGUUGGGGAAGAGAACAUGGAAGUCAUCAGUGAAAAACACGACCAAUUCAAAGAAAGGAUAGAGUUUUUAAAGAAGUGUAAGCAGGCUGGGCUUCUGAAUGAAAUCUUUGAGGAAAUGUUGAAUACUCUUCGCCUGGCACAGGAAAAGCUGAUGGAUGACAAUACUUCAGAAGCAGAGUAUGAAAAAACAGUCCUAUCACUUUUUGAUUGUGGUCUCUUUGAAAAUAUUCUUAGAACAGCUCAUUCAGGAACAGAGGGAAAAAUCCAGGAACUAAUGAACACCCGGAAAAGUUUGGAUGCUCAGAUUCAACUUUUAAGAGAUUUAAAAGGAAUAGUAUUACCUGUCUCAGAAGACAAUACCUCAAAUAGUAUCUCUGAAUAACCCACCAUCUUUAAAAUGUUCACUGAUUUUUUUCCAGGUCACUUUGGUUAUAACAUAUUUUACAUGUGGGUAACUGUUUUUCCAUUUUUACAGUUGAGACCUUUUGAUCUAGCCAAAGUUUUACCAUUAGUUUUAAAUUAAAAUGUACAGGUGAAAUUCAAAAAAUUAGAAUAUUGUGCAAAAGUUCAUUUAUUUCAGUAAUGCAACUUAAAAGGUGAAACUAAUAUAUGAGAUAGACUGAUAACAUGCAAAGCGAGAUAGUUCAUGCCUUGAUUUGUCGUAAUUUUGAUUAUUAUGGCUCACAGCUCAUGAAAAUCCCAAAUUCACAAUCUCAGAAAAUUAGAAUAUUGUGAAAAGGGUCAAUAUUCUAGGCUCAAAGUGUCCACUCUAAUCAGCUAAUAAAGCCGUAACACCUGCAAAGGAUUCCUGAGUAGGAAUCACAAUCAUGGGAAAGACUGCUGACCUGACAGUUGUGCAGAAAACCAUCAUUGACACCCUCCAUAAGGAGGAAAAGCCUCAAAAGGUAAUUGCAAAAGAAGUUGGAUGUUCCCAAAGUGCUGUAUCAAAGCACAUUAAUAGAAAGUCAUGUGGAAGGGAAAAGUGUGGAAGAAAAAGGUGCACAAGCAGCAGGGAUGACCGCAGCCUGGAAAGGAUUGUCAGGAAAAGGCCAUUCAAAAGUGUUGGGGACUUGGGCUUAUGAUUAUCUUACAGAGCUACCAGAUAUGGGUUACGAUGAUCACUAGAGGGUAAAAAGACAAAUACCCAAUAUUUUCCUGCCGCUUAAUGGUCAUUCAGGUUUUUGGAAUUCAGACUUGGCAUCUCUUAUCAUGUACACUCACUUAAUUUCCCAAAGAAACUGCCCUUCCUGCUUCAAGUUUUAUGAGAAAGAGUGUGCAUAUAUAUACACUUAUACACAUAUUUAGAUAGUGGUUAACUGUGCUAAUGUGGCUUAUUUAUAUAAAUCUCAGUUGUUUCACAUCAAGUAAAACAUUUCAGCAAAUCUGCCACUUCAAUACUUUGUGUCUUUAAGAAUAUUGGACUGCUUCAAUAGAGAAAGUGAAGCCAUUUGACUUUAAUUCAACUUCUGAAGUAUGAGACAGUUCUGCAUACAGUAGUUUUAACAUGGACAAAUCAGGGUAAGUUCAGUGAAGGACAAUAGUAUCAGAAGUAGUACAAGAAAUACUUGUAUUUCCUCCUACAAACAAGGAAGCAUUAAAUCUCAUGUAAAUGAGAUUAAGAGGCUGAGUGACACUAUAUUAGGUAUUUCAGAUUAACAGUUGGAAGGGACCUUGUAGGUCAUCUAGUCUAACCCCAAACCCAAGGAGGAGACCCUACACUAGAAAUGUCAAACUGGCAGCCAGCGGGCCAGAUGUGUAAUGUGCAGGCCAUGCCCACCCUAGCUCUGUGAAGUGAAAAAAACAUUGUGAAACAUCAAGUGACAGCAACGUGACGCCGUGAGUUUGGCCCCCGUGCCCUACACCAUUUCUGACAGAUGGCAGUCCAGUCUCUUCUUGAAAGCCUCCAGUGAUGAAGCUCCCUCAACUUCUAAAGACAAGCUGUUCCAUUGAUUGAUUGUUCUGUCAGAAAAUUCCUCCUUAUUUCUAAGUUGAAUCUCUCCUUGAUCAGUUUCCAUCCAUUAUUCCUUGUCUGGACUUCAGGUGUUUUGGAAAACAGGUUGACACCACCACCCCCUCCUCUUUGUGACAGCCUCUCAAAUAUUGGGACACUGCUAUCAUGUCUCCCCUGGUCCUUCUCUUCACUAGACUAGCCACGUCUAGUUGCUAUAACCGUUCUUGUUUUAGUUUCCAGUCCCCUAAUCAUCUUUGUUGCUCUUCUCUGCACUCUUUCUAGAGUCUCAACAUCUUCUUUUAUAGGGUGGUGACCAAAACUGGAUGCAGCAUUCGAGGUGUGAUCUUACUAAGACUUUAUAGAGUGGUAUUAGUACCUCAUGUGAUCUUGACUGAAUCCCUCUACAUUAAGAUAUUAGAGUAGUCAAUUUGUUCUCCACUGUACAAAAGCAUUCGUAGUAGUAACAGCUUCAGAUUUUAAAAAAGAGAGAAAUGGCUUUAGAAACAAAUGAGCUAAUUCCAUUUUAAUAGAGAUUUUUAAACAGGAAGAUUAUUAGAAAUCCAUGGCAACAGAUGCUGAAGCAGCCCAGGACAGGUUUUACGCAUAAGGGUCUUUUCAGCUCACCUGAUUCUUGCAAGAUAAGAGAACUAUGGGGGGAAACCUUAGUCAUCCAAGAAGUGAUUUCAGUAAACCACCAAUAAAUGAGCAGCACCACGUGAGAGUCAAGUAUUAGUCACUCAGUGGUGGGAUUCAGCCAAUUCGCACCACUUCGGGAGAACCGGUUGUUAACUUUCUGUGCAGUUUGGUGAACUGGAACUUGGAAGAAAACAUUAGGGCAGAGAACCGGUUGUUAAAUUAUUUGAAUCCCACCACUGCAGUCAUUCCAUGGAGAAAGAAGCGUAACGCAUCAAAUACGAGAAUUGAAAGAUC